UGCUCUGGUACGGGUCCCGGGCAGGAGUCGCUGUUGUCAGCCUGACGGUGACAAACGGGAAGCCGCCGAGGCUGCGGGGCCGUAGAAAUGAACAGAAAGCGCAACAAAGCGAAGGUCAGCCAUAUUGCGCGACUCCAGCAGAGCGAGGGGAGUUUCCGCGGCUGCUCGUCAACACCGACGCCGCUAAAACCAUACCUGCCCUGCGGAAGGUGGUGCAGACAGAUUUCUGCCUGAAGUAUCGAACGACAGUUUUCCGGACCUUUGUACGACUUUGAGAACGGACCCAAAAUGCCCAAACCAGUCAACGUGCGCGUCACCACCAUGGACGCCGAGCUGGAGUUCGCCGUGCAGCCCAGCACCACCGGCAAACAGCUGUUCGACCAGGUGGUGAAGACCAUCGGCCUACGGGAGGUGUGGUAUUUCGGGCUGCAGUACACCGACAGCAAGAACUACCUAACCUGGCUCAAACUGGAUAAGAAGGUCUCAUCCCAGGACGUGAAGAAGGAGAACCCACUGCAGUUUAAGUUCCGGGCCAAGUUCUUCCCGGAGGACGUGUCGGAGGAGCUGAUCCAGGAGGUGACGCAGAAGCUGUUCUUCCUGCAGGUGAAGGAGGGCAUCCUGAGCGACGAGGUCUACUGCCCCCCGGAGACAGCCGUCCUGCUCGCCUCCUACGCCGUGCAGGCCAAGUUCGGCGACUUCUCCCGGGACGUCCACCGCACUGGAUACCUGACCUCCGACCGCCUGCUCCCUCAGCGGGUGCUGGAGCAGCACAACCUCUCCCGGGACCAGUGGGAGGAGCGGAUUCAGGUUUGGCACGAGGAGCACCACGGGAUGCUCAAAGAGGAUGCCAUGGUGGAGUACCUGAAGAUCGCGCAGGACCUGGAGAUGUACGGGGUGAACUACUUCGACAUCAAGAACAAGAAGGGGACGGAGCUGUGGCUGGGCGUGGACGCGCUGGGGCUGAACAUCUACGAGAAGGAGGACAAACUGACCCCAAAGAUCGGCUUCCCCUGGAGUGAAAUCAGGAACAUUUCCUUCAACGACAAGAAGUUCAUCAUCAAGCCCAUCGACAAGAAGGCUCCGGACUUCCUGUUCUACGCGCCGCGCCUGCGCAUUAAUAAGCGGGUGCUGCAGCUCUGCAUGGGGAACCACGAGCUGUACAUGCGCCGCAGGAAGCCCGACACCAUCGAGGUGCAGCAGAUGAAGGCUCAGGCGCGGGAUGAGAAGCACCAGAAACAGCUGGAGAGAGCCCAGCUGGAGAACGAGAAGAAGAAAAGAGAGGCGAUAGAGAAAGAGAAGGAGCAGAUGGAGAGAGAGAAGCAGGAGCUGAUGAUGAGGCUGUACCAGUUCGAGGAGAAGACCAAGAAAGCGGAGAAAGACCUGCAGGAGCAGAUGCACCGGGCCGUGGUGCUGGACCAGGAGAGGAGGAGGGCGGAGGAGGACGCAGCUCGGCUGGAGGCGGAGCGUCAGGCUGCUCUGCUGGCCAAAGAAGAGCUGGCCAGACAGGCGGCGGACCAGCUGAAGAGCCAGGAGCAGCUGGCUGCAGAGCUAGCGGAGCACACUGCUAGGAUCGCCCUGCUGGAGGAUGCAAAGAAGCGCAAGGAGGAGGAGGCGUACACCUGGCAGCACAGGGCCCAGGAGGCCCAGGAGGACCUGGUGAAGACCAAGGAGGAGCUGCACAUGGUGAUGACGGUCCCGCCCCCACCCCCUCCUCCCCCCAUGUACGACCACCUGGAUGACCAGGAUGACAGCGAAGAGAAUAACAGCACGUACAGCGCGGACCUGCAGAACGAGGGCAUCAACGACCACCGCAACGAGGAGGACCGCCUGACUGAGGCCGAGAAGAACCAGCGCGUGCAGAAGCAGCUGAUGGCGCUGAGCUCAGAGCUGGCCCAGGCCAGGGAUGAGAGUAAGAAGACGCAGAACGACCUCUUGCACACGGAGAACGUGCGCGCCGGGCGGGACAAGUACAAGACCCUGCGGCAGAUCCGCCAGGGCAACACCAAGCAGAGGAUCGACGAGUUCGAGGCCUUGUAAUGCUGCUGCCGUCGGCCCCGCCCUUUCUGAGUGGUCACUGCGGGAAUGUCCUCUGAAUUUACCCUGCCCCGCCCACAUGCCCCGCCCACACGCCCCACCCUGCCCCGCCCACAUGCCCCCCCUGA